AGCCAUCUCAUGCCAAGCACGCACACCACCUGUCUUUCCUCUACCAGACUUGCUUUCUCCUCAUAGCAUCCACCUCCUCCUUCAUCACACACAAAAACACAACUGUUUCUUCUACAAUGGCGCUGGCGAUUGCAGAGGCCCAGUUCCAUGUCCUGGCUGUGGAUGACAGCCUCCCUGACAGGAAGCUCAUUGAGAGGCUCCUCAAGACAUCUUCUUUCCAAGUUACCACUGUUGAUUCUGGGACCAAGGCUCUGGAGUUCUUGGGGCUCCAUGGUGAAGACGCUUCGAUUUCUGUCCACGCAGACCACCUGGAUGUUGAGGUGAACGUGAACCUCAUCAUCACAGACUACUGCAUGCCUGGCAUGACAGGAUAUGAUCUACUCAAAAAGAUCAAGGAAUCGUCGUCUCUUAGAGACAUCCCGGUUGUGAUCAUGUCAUCUGAGAACAUACCUUCCAGAAUCAAUAGGUGCCUGGAGGAAGGGGCAAACGAGUUUUUCCUGAAACCAGUACGGCUAUCAGACAUGAGCAAGCUGAAGCCCCACAUAAUGAAGAGCAGGUGCAAGGAGCACUACCACCAGGAGGAAGAAGACGACCUCCUAAGCAACAGCGAUAGCAACACCAGCAGUAACCCCACAAACAACAGCAGCGGCACCGAUACCAUCAGUAACCCCACAAAUAACAGCAGCGACACCACAGACAACAGCAGCGGAGAUAGCAGCAGCGCCCGCAAGAGAAAGGCGGAGGCAGGCAAAGACGAAAUUUCACCCAAGACAAGCAGACCAAGGCACAGUUAGCAGCACAAAGAUUAUUUGACAGUUUUCUUUCUUGGUUCUUGAGUUCACUCGGGGUUUUGACAUCUGAUUUGUAACACCUAUGCUAGCUCUAGUUUGCAAAACAGAAUGGAAUCCGUAAACGGAGACUGCUUCAGUUCCAGUAGACCAUUCUUCUAUGUAACACCUCCGAACACCUCCUUGUGGUAACGAGCCACUGAACACCGGACAACAUAGUAAGACCACGAUUUUAUAAACAGCUGGCUACAGUUUUCAUCCA